AACGACUAAAGUCAUAAAAACAACUCUAAACCCCUAUAGUUAAAGCUCUUUUUAUAUAACGCUCUAAUCAAAGGAAAAGUCGAAAAAAGUAAAGAAAGAGGAAGACGCAAGUCACACAACGGCCACAAGAUGGCGGCGUCCUCAGGCGGGAAAUCUCCGGCAGUGGUCUUACAGGGAGCAAAGGAUGGUUUUGUACGGGUUAGGAAAAGAGAUUUGGAGAAGCUGACGACAGAAGUGAUGCAGCUGAGAGAUUUCCUGCCCCGAGUGUUGAACGGAGAUCUAAUCCAGAUGUUGCACAAAGCUCGGGCAGCUCACACAGUUAAAGAGCAGCUCACACAGGAACAGGAGCAGCUGAGACAGGAAUGUCUGCACCUUCAGUCCCGCCUGGAUGCAGCGCAGACUGAGUGUCAGAAAGAGAGGGAGGAGAAGCUACUGUUGCGUGAGCAGCUGUGGCAGAGCAGAGCAGAGCUGCAGCAGCAGGCGGACUUCUGCUCCGGUUUGGGAUCUGCUGCCUGCAGCCUGCUGUGGAGCUGCUCCUCCAGCGAGCAGACGGUCACACACUGGCUUGCUGAUGGAAAGCUGCAGGCUUUUCUGGUGGUCGCUGCUCAAACUCUGGAGAGCUUUGUCAGGUCUCUGGAUGAGGACAUGAGAACUGAGGACUACAACUCCCAGGAGCACCAGUUUGUUCUUGCAGUGGCUGGGACCAUCACCAACAUUGCAGCAGUUACAAGUGGGCGGGACUUCCUGUCCAGCUCAGCUCAGGUGUUGUUGGACACUCUGAUGAAGCUUCUGGAGCUGAUGAAGCCUGGAGUAUUCCCCAAACUCAAAGUGUUGAUGCUGAUGGCUCUGUACAAUGUCAGCAUCAAUAUUAAAGGCCUGAAGUACAUCAGUGAGAACCCAGGACUCCUGCCUCUUAUUUGGACCCUGCUGGAUGAUGGAGACUGGGAGGUGAGCCUCCACUCGCUGCGUCUCCUUCAGUCGGUGUUGUUGGAGGAGGAGGUGCUGCUCCUGCUGGGCUCCUGUCUGCUUGAUCCAAACCUCCAGGCUCGGGUCAGCCAACUCACCUCGAGCAAACAGCAGAGUCUGAGAGUGACAGCUCAGCAGACCCUGGAGGACCUGCAGGCCCUUGGACAGGGUCAUCGUUGUAAACAGAACAACAUCUGAUGUGGAUUCAAAAUCAUCAGAGUUGAAUUUUCC